AUGUCUCAUAGGCCUUCCAUAAACAAAGCCUACUCAAUGAUCAUAUCAGAAGAAAGCAAAAGAGAAAUAUCACAUUCAUCUCAAGUAUCUGAAAUCAAUGAAGGCGUAACCUUGUUUAGCAAUAAGGGAACAUGCUCUGGUGCUCCAAUUCAGUUGAAUGCAAAAGGAAACCUUGGGCAAAAUCACAACUUCUUGGGAAAUGAGGUGACAUCUUGGUUCAGUAGCAAAGGGAAUGCAGGUGCUGGUUAUGGUCAUUCUGGAGGAUCUACUCCUAACUUUGUAGGAACCUCACUAAUGCAACAAGCAAGUAAGAACUUCCAAGCUGGAAUUCCUCAAUUCACUCGAGAGCAGUACAGUCAGAUUCUUCAGCUUCCAGGAAAGCAACCUGUAUGUAGCGGUUCUGCUAUGGCAGCAGGCUCAGGGGCUUCGAGUCACAUGGCAAAUGAUUCUAGUUGGUUGGUUAAUGUUAAAACUGUUGGUGAUAAAGGUGAAAAAGUUCACUUACCUACUGAUAGUGUAGCUCAUAUUAGUCACAUAGGAUAUGCUUACAUUCUUAAGGAUCUUAUAGUGUCUAAUGUGAUGCACAUUACUGACUUCAAGUAUAACCUUUUAUCUGUAUCCAAGCUCACAAAGGAAAUGAGGUGGUUUGUUAUGUUUUUCCCUAACUUCUUCAUUUUCCAAGAGCUCAUCAGUGGACAGGUGAGGGGGAUUGGUCGAGAGAAAGAUGUUCUGUAUGUGUUCAACUCUACUUCAAAGAAGUCAGUAGCAUUACAAGAUCAAAGUCCAAUUGCAGAAAUUCUGAAUAUUCCAAGGCCAAUACUCACUGUAAAUAUAAUAAAGGUUCAUAAUAAGGUAGUGAAUGUAGCUUUGUGGCAUACGAUGUUAGGUCAUGCACCUCUAGAUACUUUGAAGAAACUGAAUGAUUUUCAUGAUUUUCAAGCUGCUGCAUGUAGUAGUAAAGACAAAUUCACUAUCUAUGAUGGAAAGAGGUAUUUCUUAACUUUGGUGGAUGAUUAUUCUAGGUAUACAUGGCUCUUCCUUUUACCUACUAAAGCUGAGGUUAUUGUUGCUCUUAGAUCUUUCUUCACUAUGAUUAAGAAUGUUUACUUAGCUCCUGUUAAUUUUUUUAGAUCUGAUAAUGGAUGUGAAUUCUUUAACUCACAUGUGACUGAAUUGUUACAAUCCCUGGGAAUUAUACAUCAGAGCUCGUGCAUCUACACUCCACAGCAAAAUGGAGUUGCUAAAAGAAGACACAAGUAUAUUCUGGAGAUGGUUCGAGCACUCAGAUUUCAGGCCUCAGUACCAUUAAGGUUCUGGGGAGAGUGUAUCAAUACUGCUGUGUACAUCAUUAACAGGCUCCCUUCAACUGUUCUUCACAAAAGAUCUCCUUUUGAAAUUAAGUUUGGUCAUUCACCUUCUCUGCACCACAUGAGAGUAUUUGGAUGCUUGGGAUAUGUGACCACAGUUAGAAGACCUGAUAAAUUUGCUUCCAGAACAUAUCCUGCAGUCUUUCUAGGUUAUUCUGCUAUACAUAAGGGAUAUAGGAUGUUUAGGCUUCAUACAAAAGAAUUUCACAUCAGCGGGGAUGUAGUGUUUAAGGAGGAUGUUUUUCCUUUCCAGCACAUGAGUUCUAAAAACUCAACCUUAUUCCCUAUCCUAGAUUUCACUACUAUUUCCUCAACUGUUCCUGCAGAUGCUUCAUGGACUCCACCUGCUCAGUCCAUACCUCUUUCCUCUCCUGUCUCUUCUAAUUCAGAUGUGCCUUCUAUUCAUCUUUCACCUGUUAGUGGUCUUCCAGAUCAUGUCACAGUCAAUGAUGCUCCUGCUCCUAUCAGAGCUAUUUAUGUUGAGCCAUCAGAUGACAAUAGAAAAUCCAUCAGGGUGAGUAGACCACCUAUAUGGAUGAAAGACUACAUUGUUCAUAGGAAAGGGAGUGCACAUUAUUGUUAUCCUAUAUCAGACAGUGUCAACUAUGCCAAUGUGUCACCUUCGUUAGGAGCUGGAUUAGCUGCUUACUCCGCCAUUGUGGAACCUUAG